AUGAGAGGUUUUCAAUUGGUCGGAGCUAAAUAUGCGAGUUGCAUGAAUGGAAAAUGGGAUGCUGAUUUACCCAUAUGCGUCAAAUAUGGAUGCCGAGCUCCGAGUGCGACACACGUCAACGGACAAUUUAUAGAAAGUUACAGGGGAGCCGUUGUUAAAGUCAUAUGUAAUCCAGGUUACAACCUCGUAGGAUCCCCGAGCGUUUACUGCAACGGAAUAAGAUGGAACGAAACGUUUCCAGUAUGUAAAGUGUUCAAUAAGACGCCGGAAAAAUCGUGUGAUUUCGAAAGUGAAGAUAUUUGCGGAUGGAAUCAAGAUCCGAUGCACGAUUUCGAUUGGAGAAGAAGGAAAAAAAAUACGGAUGAUACAAAUAAUGAUAACGAUGACAACGGUUUUUACAUGUACAUGCCAAACAUAAAAAUGUGGAACGAAAACAUAACGGCAAGACUUUACAGCCCCGUUUAUCCUUCUAAUUAUUCAAACGGAACAUAUUUUAAAUUUUCCUACAUGAUGAAAGGAUCCGACACUGAUACCUUAAAAAUUUACGUUAAACCUGAAAAUGUCGAACUUUAUAAUUUGAUACCGUCAUUUUGGAUGAGUGGAAAACAAGGAGAACAUUGGAAUGUUGGUUAUUUCAACAUAGAAUAUUCUACAAUGCCUUUUCAGAGUGAUUCGGAGAAGAAAAAAAGAAUUCUCACGUGCGAUCUAAAAAAAUAG